GAUCAUGCAUGUUAUAAGAAUGGCUCGACCUCACUUUGCGCGGCCUCCUCUUUCUAAUCCUUGACACCCAGCGGCCCCCGGACUUGCAUUUUUACACCGACCUCCGCAGCAUUGAAUAAAACCAAAGCCAUGACACCCUCAGUCGACGCCCCGGCGCACUGGUGCUCUAUCCCUCCCAACCGUGUCGGUCCAUCGCCCUGGCCUGCGGCAAGCACCGCCACCUACCGCUUGUGCGGGACAUGUGAACAGCUAGAUUUUAAGCACCUACAGCGUGAUGAUUCAUUUCCCUCCAACAAGGCCAUGCUCGAGCAUGGCCUGGGCGGAAUACGGGGGAACAAGGGGACUUGCGACCUGUGCGCCGUCUUCUGGCAUGCCCUUCACAAGCCCGUCGGGGAAAACAGUGACGGGUCAUACCCGGACCAAACGCAUGUUGUUAUACACUGCCCAGACCUAGCAUGGCUGCCACACGCUUUCCGUCCGCGGCCGGCCUACAAGUCUUCAUACGUUCUGGCUAGCAGAAACAACCCCGACCCGGCCUAUGCCAUCGCCAUCCUUGUUCCCCCUCAUGUAUUGCUCUGCCAGGAGCUCAAAGACAGCGAAUGGGGCGCCCGGGCUUGGGUGUUCCAAGAGACGUAUUUCUCGCGCAGGGUGGUCCGCUUCGGAGCAAGUCACAUCUACUGGGCUUGCUGGGCUUGCCGAGAGUUUACCGCCUGCCAGACGAGCCCUUGGCACGAAACAUUGGACGACUGGAUGGCACAGGAAGAUGUUUUUGUCUCCAGCAGGGGUUCCGGCGGCCACCUCGUGCGCCACUGGAUGAAGGUGCUGCAGCGGUACAGCCGCACAAGACUCACCUACCCGUCGAACCGCUUCCCAGCAAUCGCGGCAGUCGCCCGAGAAUGGGAACUGGCCCUUGGCCGGAGCUACGCGGCAGGUCUGUCGGUAGAUCCCGAGUCUCUUCUCUGGAUUCGUCGUGCCACGACGCGGGACUCCGACCGCUGGGGAUACCACCAUCGGAUCGAGCCCUUCAUGCGCAAUACCGAAAAGUUCACAAGCCACAUCAAGCCGACCGAUAUCCAACUGCUCAGGUCUGGCGACGAGCACAGCCACCACCAGUCCGCGCUGGUGUUUUCCUCCUUUGUGCGCGCGGCCACACGUUCCCCAGACCCGGUGGAUCAUGGCGUGGUUCCCAUGCACGGCUACGUCGAAACGAUGCGCGGCCUUACCUAUCACGCCGUCUCUAACCCCGGCCACGACGGGUUCGUCAUCCUCGACGACCCGGGCUCUGCCCCGAUCGACUUCGAGCUGCUUUCCAUCGGCGGCUGCUUGGUCGAGAUCGAACCCGCGUACAAUGGGCUGAACCUCUCCCUAGCCGUCGAGCGAACAAUGAAGCCGGAGCACAUGCGGGCGGGCGACCUUCCUCAAAAUUCCUACCGGCGAUUGGGCAUCGCUUUUCAUGUUCGUGGGAAUUUUGUUUCAACCGAGGGCUAUCCUGCGCCGGCACAUGCGCUGGCAAGAAGUCGCUCUGAUAUAGGGACAUACUCAGGAUGUCGGACAUGCAUGAACGGCCACGGUCUCGGGGCGCUUAUAGGCGGCGGCUAACCUCCCCGCCGCUUCACAUAUUCGAAGUCGGAUAAGGAGUAAUAUUGGUACUCCCCUGGCACAAGCAUGGAUCCCCGCCUGGCUCGAGAUAGUGUGUGUGACGAAAUCUGGCGCGCUUAACUUGGCCGAGUCCAGCAGCUGAUUUGUGGGAGAGACGAGGGUCAGCGUGAGCUACAGCCCCCGCCCCGACAGCUUGGAACGCCUCCACCACGCUAGUUGCCCGGAUUAGAAAUCCUGGGCCCAAAAUGGAGUCCGAGAAUUCCGGGGCGGCAUGUAUGGCUGUGUUUGCUUUUUGAUCUGC